AUGUCUUCCGCCGCGGACAAAGCCAAAAUAACCGGUACCGGUAGGGCAGCCAAGGAUAUGGGGUUCGACAGCUUCAAGGCCUUUUUGGAGUCGUAUGGGCUGAGGGUUUGGAAUCAUGAGGAUGUACUAGAGGGCAGGGCGAUUCUGCGGGCGAUGGGGUAUGGCGUUGAUGCGGGAACCGACGUCACUGUGGAGCGGGCGGGGUAG